AUGAAUAAAACGAUAAUAGUUUUAAUAACAAUAAUACUUCUAGUGGAAGGUAAAAGGCAUUAUAUAGAAAAUAAGAUGCACAAAAAAUAAUAAGAACUUGCUGGAGGUAUUAGAUGGGAAUCUCCAUAAAAUUUUCAUAAUGAUGAAGAUUAUAAAAAAGCAGUAUAGAAAGCAAUGCAUGAAUUUCAUGGAGUUUGCCAUGUAUCAAUUGAAGUGAGUUGGAUUAGAGUUGAAAAGGUCGGUUUUCAAAUAGUAGCAGGAGUAAUGUGGUGGGUAUGAAUGAGAAUUAAUUUUAUUCUUUUAGUUAGAAGUUGAAUUGAGUAAUAAUGAGGUUUAUGAAAUGAAAGUACUUUAAGAAUUAGAAGGAACUUUUGAAUUAGUUGGAUGCACCUAAUGA